AUGUCUGCCAACCCAAGCCUGUCACGAUCGCCUCCAAUACCACACACUGCACAUUCGCCUCGGUCACCCCCGCUUCACCAGUUCGAGGACCCUCCAGACGAACUAUCCGAGGAACACCGCCCAGAUGGCGGAGACGGAGACGAAGACGAAGGGGACGACGAUAUACCAUACCCGGAGCCCAGCUCCGAGCAGACACUGCUGCCACCGCCAAAUUUCAAGCCGUUCUUCACGCUGAUCGAAGACACGACGUCUGGCGAACACUACCAUCCAUACGUCCACUAUGUCUUCGCCGACGAUGACCCUUCCAUUGUGACUGCAGCAUCAAUGCGCAGCCUCGGGCUAGAUGAUACCAAGUACAUGGCACACGAACCACAAGAUGAAGAUGUGAGACAGCAGAGCCAGGAGGGAGCCAGCGAAGAUGGUGAUGAUCCCGUCAUGGACUCGCCGCUUCCGCCACCCAUACCCGGUGUCAGGGAACACUAUAUGAUAGUCGACCUAGGCACCGACGGACGCACGAUCGUAGAUGCACAGUCCCUUUCGCCAGAAUGGCAGAUCACAGACAAAAGCAUACGUACCGCCCCCUCCUUCGACGAAUCCUCGCCUGAUCAAGGCUACAUGAUACGCAUAGCCGGUAUCGAAAUAUCUGGCAAGAACAAAGGCAAAGGCAAGGGCCAGGCCGGAGAUGAUAAGCUUGGCGAAGCCCGAGAGAAGGCCCAAGACGAUCUGUUUGGGGCAUUAGACAGCCUGGUUCAAGAUGUCGAAGGAGGACUGGAAACAGCUGCAAAGAUCGCAGGCACAGCACCAGCAGAAGGUCAAGACACUGUCGUAGACGUGCGCGCCACAAACGAAGAGGAACAUAUAGCCAGUGAGACGUGA